CCCUCCUUUUUACGAUAAGGUGACAAUUUUUAAUUAACAGUGUAUACUACGGUUAAGCGGCUUCAACAAAGGGGCAGCUGCUCACGAACGAGUCUCUCACGGAAGCGGCGUGGCCCAUUGGGGAUGAACAGCGCAUCGGAGAAGGGCACAAUAAUAAUAACCCUUUCUCAGCAAAUGUGAGAGGGGACUUCAAAAUUGAAGAGCAGCGUACUGUGUCAAUUUAUUGAGCAGGCAGGGGGGGUUCUCCCAACUGCAGUUUCGUUUCCCGCACGGUGAGAUACCCUCAUAAGAGUCAUCGCGGGUAAAGAAGCGGAAGUAAAGUUAGUAAUGCCUUGCGGCGCAUAUUGACUUGGCAAAUUUAACUUUUUUGCGAAAGGGCCGAGUUAUACGGAAGUAUCGCCUGACCUGUUCAGAAGCGCGUUGCAUUUCUGUGGCGAUAGAACAGUUUUUACAUCCCGGGGAAGGCAAACUAUACCUUGAGGGAAUAGCGGCCAUUUUUCCCCAACCGUUUUGCAUACCGCUCGAAUGUUGCUACACCUUUCGGGGUAAAAAAGCACCCAUAAAAGGAGAUAAAAGAAGGGCAUACAAACCGAGUAGCCAUUUCGCCAACCACCCCUCUUACCAAAUGCGUAAACUGAAGUACCACGAGCAGAAGCUGCUCAAAAAGGUGAACCUGUACGACUGGAAAAGGACCCGAAAUGUGCGCGAGGUGAAAGUUUUAAGGAAAUACGUAGUGCAGGAUAGGGAGGACUACACCAAGUACAAUAAAAUCUGUGGCUACAUAACCAAGUUAGUUUCCAAAUUGAGACUUUUGCCAGACAAUGAUGAGUUUAGAAUUAAAAUGACAGGUGAGUUGCUGGACAAGCUGUACGAGAUGGGGGUAAUAAAUUGCAAGUCCAGUCUAGCUGAGUGUGAAAAGAUCUCCGUUUCUUCUUUCUGUAGAAGGAGACUAGCCGUAAUUUUGUUCAGGCAAAAAUUUGUUCAAACGAUACAGCUAGCCAUUACGUACAUCCAACACGGAAAUGUUCGGGUUGGAAAUAACGUAAUUAACAACCCUGCUUUUCAUAUUAAUAGAAAUUUGGAAGACCACAUUAAGUGGGCCGAUGGAUCAAAAAUCGUAAAGCACAUACAGAGGCAUCAGAACAAUCGGGAUGACUACGAGCUACUGGGCAAUUGACAGGAAAAAUGGAGGGGAGGGCCCCAAGCGGUUGCCCUUUCACUCUUUCGAAGAGAAGUGUAUCAAAAUUUUUCUUUUUUUUUGUGAUGUUCUUGUGGCGUGUUAUAAAAUGAGUGUACCCCUUAUGGUGGUUACUUAUCAUUUGGAACUUUCCGCAUCCUUUCGACACCGCCAUAUUUGUUUUCCCCUUUUUUAACCCCACCUGUUUGUAACCCAACUUACGCUUUUCCCACACGCCGUUUGGUUAAGAUGUUUUUUAGAAAG